GAGUCACCCGGGCCGGCUCGAGACCGGUCACCGGCCGGCAACCGUCCAGCGGCCUCGACUACCGCCUCCGUGCUCCGUCCUCACUCCUGGGCCGAGCGGCAGCCUGGCCGACAGAGGCCGAAUCCGUGCUCAUCCCGCCGGGUGGCUCGCCUCGGGCGGGCCGCUUUUCCCCGGGGACCGCCGCGGUGGGGCGAGGUUUCCGUGACGAACCUCCUGGGGCUGCGGGUGCCGGCUCGGGCUGUCGUGGCGGCUCGAGCUCCUACAACUUGCUCACCCUCCGGGCGUCCGAGGCCCUCGAAGUUAUGCGUGUCGUCCAGGCGACUGCGGCAGGCGCUGGCUCCUAACGGGCGUCACCCCCGGACUCCGCGCACCGGGCAACCUCCAUUCAGCUUCCAGCUGCGCCUCCAGCGCCCUCUCCCUCCCCCUCCUCGGACUCAUUUCUUCCUCUGCCCUCCGGGCCGCCCUGACCUCACUCCUGGGGCGCGGCGAUUCUCCUGGAAGCGGCGGGGUCGGCGAUGAGCCGGACCCUCGCCGCCUGAAUCUCGGCGGAGGACCUCGGGCGGCCCCGCCGCGGCCCGGGAUGGGGGUGAACGCGGUGCACUGGUUCCGCAAGGGGCUCCGGCUCCACGACAACCCCGCCCUGAAGGAGUGCAUUCAGGGCGCCGACACGAUCCGCUGCGUCUACAUCCUCGACCCCUGGUUCGCGGGCUCCUCCAGCGUGGGCAUCAACAGGUGGCGAUUUUUGCUUCAAUGUCUUGAAGACCUCGAUGCUAAUCUGCGAAAAUUAAACUCUCGUCUGUUUGUGAUUCGUGGACAACCAGCAGAUGUGUUUCCUAGGCUUUUCAAGGAAUGGAACAUUACUAAACUUUCAAUUGAAUAUGAUUCUGAGCCCUUUGGAAAGGAACGAGAUGCAGCUAUUAAAAAACUGGCUACUGAAGCCGGAGUAGAAGUAAUUGUACGAAUUUCACAUACAUUAUAUGACCUAGACAAGAUCAUAGAACUCAAUGGUGGACAACCACCUCUUACUUAUAAAAGAUUCCAGACUCUCGUCAGCAAAAUGGAGCCACUAGAGAUACCAGUAGAAACAAUUACUUCAGACGUGAUAGAAAAGUGCACAACUCCUCUGUCUGAUGACCAUGAUGAGAAAUAUGGAGUCCCUUCACUAGAAGAACUAGGUUUUGAUACAGAUGGCUUAUCCUCUGCAGUAUGGCCAGGUGGAGAAACUGAAGCACUUACACGUUUGGAAAGGCAUCUGGAAAGAAAAGCUUGGGUGGCUAACUUUGAAAGACCUCGGAUGAAUGCCAAUUCCCUUCUUGCUAGCCCUACUGGACUCAGUCCUUACCUCCGAUUUGGUUGUUUGUCAUGUCGACUGUUUUACUUCAAACUAACAGAUCUCUACAAAAAGGUAAAAAAGAACAGUUCCCCUCCCCUUUCUCUUUAUGGGCAACUACUAUGGCGUGAAUUUUUCUAUACAGCAGCAACAAAUAAUCCUCGCUUUGAUAAAAUGGAAGGAAACCCCAUCUGUGUUCAGAUUCCUUGGGAUAAGAAUCCUGAGGCUUUAGCAAAAUGGGCAGAAGGCCGGACAGGUUUUCCAUGGAUUGAUGCCAUCAUGACACAGCUUCGUCAGGAGGGAUGGAUUCACCAUUUGGCCAGACAUGCAGUUGCUUGCUUCGUUACACGAGGUGACCUGUGGAUUAGUUGGGAAGAAGGAAUGAAGGUAUUUGAAGAAUUAUUGCUUGAUGCAGAUUGGAGCAUAAAUGCUGGAAGUUGGAUGUGGCUGUCUUGUAGUUCCUUUUUUCAACAGUUUUUUCACUGCUAUUGCCCUGUUGGUUUUGGUAGGCGAACAGAUCCCAAUGGAGACUAUAUCAGGCGAUAUUUGCCUGUCCUAAGGGGCUUCCCUGCAAAAUAUAUCUAUGAUCCCUGGAAUGCACCAGAAGGUAUCCAAAAGGUAGCCAAAUGUUUGAUAGGAGUUAAUUAUCCUAAACCAAUGGUGAACCAUGCUGAGGCGAGCCGUUUGAAUAUUGAGAGGAUGAAACAGAUCUACCAGCAGCUUUCACGAUAUAGAGGACUAGGUCUUCUUGCAUCAGUGCCUUCUAAUCCUAAUGGGAAUGGAGGCCUCAUGGGGUAUUCUCCUGGAGAAAAUAUCGCAGGCUGUAGCAACAGUGGAAGUUGCACUCAAGGGAGUGGUAUUUUACAUUGUGCUUAUGGAGACAGUCAGCAAACUCACUUAUUAAAGCAAGGAAGAAGCUCCAUGGGCACUGGUCUCAGCAGUGGGAAACGUCCUAGUCAGGAGGAAGACACACAGAGUAUCGGUCCUAAAGUCCAGCGACAGAGCACUAAUUAGAAAACAUUCAGGAAGAAUACUGUUGCAGCUGAAAUUGUUGGGGAGUUCAAUACAUUUUUCAGUUAAAUUAUUUUAAAAUGUUCUUCAUUGAUGGAAAGCAGUUGUUUCUAAUGAAAUUUCUGUGGUUUUUAACUUUUUAAUGAAUUUCACAUAGGACACAUGGUCAUUUGUAUAUAAAGAACUUGGUAAAAGAAUUUGCUUAAUGUAAAUAUAAAUAGCACAAUUAGUAUAGACCCAUCAAUAUAUUUUUGAUAAUUUUUCAUGUAUGGUAAAAGUUAAAGUGGCAAACUGAUAUUCUGAUAUUUUAAAAAAAUCAAAGUUUUGAGAGUCAAUGUGGGAAAAUAGGAAGUUUUUAGACUUUCUUAAAAGACUUUGUUAAAAUUUUCUUGACAUUGUUUGCUCUAACUUUGUGUUCUUUGAUAAUAAUGUUUUAAGAAAUGUGUGUAAUCAAAAAUUGGUAGUUAUAGCCUUUGUUAACACAGACAGUUUACGUUUUAAAGCUUUAUGUAUGCCUGUUUGACCAAACUUGUGGAAGUACCAUGUAUUAAGUUCUCUUUGUCUCCCUUUCUUUGUUCAUUUAUAGCUAAAGUGACCUUUGUUAUUAAAGUAUAUACAUAUAUG